AUGCCCGCUUUAUUGCGCAAAUUGGCCAUCGUUGCCGCAGUGGACGGCCUGAUCCUACAUCCCCAGGCUAGCGGGCCACGCCAUACCGCUGGUAGCAGCAAUGAGGCCUCAUCCAUCCGUAUCGACUAUAAGACGAACAAAAUCACCGUGUUGCCCGCUGGCGCCUCGGAGCCUCUCAACGGAAAGGACGCCCUAGAGGCCCACGGUCUUAUAGGUCUCUUAUCUGUCGCUUCAUACUCAUUUCUCGUUUCCAUCACACAGCGUCAGCAAGUAGCGCAGAUCCGAGGCUGCCCGAUCUACGCCGUAACCAACGUCGCGAUUAUUCCGGUCUCAUCCCAAGCAGAUGCUUCCCGCGCGAUCACACAAGCCAAGAAAGAAUCCUCGCAGGAGGAAGUCACCAUCGAAGCGUCCUCCGACGAAGAUGACCUCCCUGAUAACGAGACCGACAGAGACGAGGCGGAGGCGGAGAUCGGCAGCCUGCCCGCAUCACCUACUCGCGACACAUAUCAUGCCCGCGGAACUAGCGUUGGCAGUAUCGCAGAAGAUGUGAUUGCAAAGAAAGUCCGCUUCGGCAGAUUUGCAGCCAAUUGGCUCUCGCGUAAAAACCUGGGCUUGCCCAGGCCCGGAGCUCUAGAGCAGGAUAUGCCAGAGUCUCCGUUGGACGAAGCUUCCACCAAUUGGCUCUCGCGUAAAAACCUGGGCUUGCCCAGGCCCGGAGCUCUAGAGCAGGAUAUGCCAGAGUCUCCGUUGGACGAAGCUUCCAGUCCUCCGGUCGAUGCUAGUGAAACUAAGCAUGAAGCUGUAGAUGACGCUCUUUCCGAAGAUACCGGGGCCCAGAGCGAGCCUGAUCGGCCUAAAUCUGACCAGACUGCGGAGUUGCUACCGAAACUGCUUCGCUAUACGAAACUCUUGUUCGCCUCGCAUAAUUUUUUCUUUGCGUAUGAUUAUGACCUUACGCGCUCUUUACAUACGCAGGAAGCUCGGAAGGAUCAGCUUCCGCUCCACAAAGUUGUGGACCCAUUGUAUUUUUGGAAUAGGCAUCUGAUGAACAAAUUCAUUGACCAUGGGACACAUGGCUUUGUUCUGCCAUUGAUUCAAGGCUUUGUCGGCCAACGAGAGUUCACAAUCGCUGGUGCUGAAAGGAAACAACCUUCGAAGGACUCAGUGGAACUCGCGGAUGGCCGAAUCCUUGGUGAAAAACACGAGGCUGAAGCUGUUGAGACUAACGCCAGCAAGCGUGAUUAUCUUUUGACUCUCAUUUCUCGACGUUCUGUCAAGCGACCAGGACUCCGUUACCUGCGCCGUGGUGUCGAUGAUGAGGGGAAUACAGCCAACACAGUCGAAACCGAGCAGAUUCUUUCGGUUCCGGAGUGGACUCCAUCUCACCCUGCCUACUCAUAUCUGCAAGUCCGAGGUUCCAUUCCUCUUUACUUCUCGCAGUCCCCAUAUGCAUUGAAGCCAGUUCCAGUUCUCCAUCACUCCGCCGAUACGAAUCUCCUUGCCUUCGGUAGACAUUUCCGAGAGUUCAGUCGACGGUAUGGAAAUAUCCAGGCUGUUUCUCUUAUUGACAAGCUGGCUGGUGAAUUGAAGCUAGGAGAACAAUAUGAGCGAUACACCGAAUCAUUUAAUGCUGCCGGUGGGAUCGAUGGUAAGCCGUUGCAACUUGAGUGGUUUGACUUCCACCACGAGUGCCGGGGCAUGAAGUUUGAAAAUGUAUCUCGCCUGGUCGACCGACUGAAAGAUACAUUGAAUGACUUCUGUUACACCAUCGUCACAGACAACGACAUCAUACAGACCCAAAAGGGUAUCAUCAGAACCAAUUGCAUGGAUUGUCUCGAUCGCACUGGUGUUGCCCAGUGUGCAUUCGGCCAAUGGGCCCUAGAGCGUCAACUGGAACAUGAAGGCAUUGACAUUGAUAUUGGUGGUGACUCUUCCACCCAAUGGUUCAAUACGCUCUGGGCAGACAACGGCGAUGCCAUCUCCAAGCAAUAUUCAUCAACGGCAGCCCUGAAGGGGGAUUACACCCGUACACGCAAGCGAGACUAUAGAGGCGCCCUCAAUGACUUGGGACUGACACUCUCGCGCUACUACAACAACAUCGUAAAUGACUUCUUCUCUCAAGCCUGCAUCGACUACCUCCUCGGCAACGUCUCAACUCACGUCUUCGACGAGUUCGCCAUCCAACUCCAGACUACUGAUCCAGGAAUCUCAGUCCAAAAGCUCCGCCAGAACGCCAUUGACACAAGCUGCAAGAUAGUUAUCAGUAGCCCCUCUGAAGAGUUCCUAGGCGGCUGGACCAUGUUGACGCCCCGCCAACCCAACACCCUUCGCACUCUACCCUUUGAGGAAUCAGUCCUCCUCCUAACCGACGCCGCAGUCUACAGCUGUCGCUUCGACUGGGAGACUGACAAAGUGCUGUCCUUUGAGCGCAUCGACCUCCGAUCCAUCUCGCGCAUCCACUACGGUACAUACAUCACAUCCAUAUUGACAGAUAGCCAAGCCAACGAGGCGACCAACGUCGGUCUCGUCAUAGUCUACCGUGACGGCGACACAAACACCCUCCGUGUUAAUACCCGAUCCCUGCAGAGUGAUGUCGACCUCAGCACGCUCGAGACUACCGCUAGCGCCAAUAGUGAAUGGGACCUCGUAUCCUGGCUGCGGGGUAGCAAGCCUACGACGACACGAUUCGUCGCAUUCAAGGGCCUGCCGCUGUCGAACCCGGUGGCUAGUCCACGGCUUGGGCCUAGCACUGGGGCUGUUCGGGAGAUGGAUCGGGUUCGCUCGGUCUGUUUGGAUAUAGAGCGGGCGAUGCUUGCGGGUCAGGGUCGAAAUGUAGAGGCGGUCUCUGUGGUUGAACAGUCUGAUAUCAUCUCUUUGGCAGAUGCCAAGAAAAGGACUGGGUGGUUGGAAUAUCUGGUUUAUGAUCUUAAGAAGAUGGUUUGGGCGUGA